AUGAUAGACGCGCCGGAGGAGGGAGACGGUCGUGCUAAGCCUAUCAUUCCUGGCCUCGGUGAAGAUGACAGCAACAAGGCCGCUAUACUUAUUCAGAAAACAUAUAGAGGUUAUCGAACCCGCCGACAGCUGAAAGGCUUUGGCCUUGAUGCAACCACCCGGUGGUAUGAGGCAGUGAAAGAUGCACAAUACCAGCAACUAACCACACCAAGAGAUUCCGAACAGCCCUACACAAGCUCUGACAACCAUGCUUCACAUGGAGAGACGCCAUUAUCACCAGCAAGGAGGAAAUGGUUCAAAGCCACGGAUAUCGCCCGGAGAGCCGGAGCAGACGAUCGGUCGCCUUCAGUGUCGGAUGUAUCCUCUGACGAGAAUAUCGAGGCGGAAGAUGCAAAGAGAAAGAGACAGGAGGCUAAUGAGAUACGGAAGAAGACUGCAAAGAUGAUGGAUCUGCAAUACUUCUUGGAAAUGGUAGACCAAAAACACCGAUACGGGAGCAAUUUGCGCAAAUACCACAACCACUGGAAGGCACUAGAUACCACUCAAAAUUUCUUUUACUGGCUCGAUCAUGGAGACGGCAGAAAUGUCACUCUCCCGGAAUGCAGCAGAGAGCGCCUCGACAAGGAACAAGUCCGCUAUCUUUCGCGAGAAGAACGUCUCAAUUAUCUUGUCAAGGUCAACAGCCAGGGUCUCCUUGUCUGGGCAAAGAAUGGCGAGUUGGUGUGGACCAAGGAUGAGCUGUACAAAGACAGCAUCAAUGGAAUAGUGCCCAUAUAUGACAGCUCUCCUAAAUGGCAGUACAACGUGCCAGUAUCAAAUCAACAUCAAUCCAGCAGUAGUUCCUCGGAUGACUCGUCAGACGAAGAGGACGAAAAGGAUGAGAAUACUGGAGGCGACGAGGGCGAGAGAUACGUCAACGAAGAGUUUCAUCGAGCCAAAGGACCAGCGAAGCUCAAGCAUGUGUCGGCAGCGGUACUUUUCAACCAUAUGAUCAGAACUAGCUUGAAGAAGGGCCACAAAUGGAUCUUUGUCGCAGACACCUCUCUCCGUUUGUACAUUGGCUAUAAGCAAUCAGGCGCUUUCCAACAUUCUUCCUUCCUCCAUGGUGCCCGCAUCCUAGCGGCUGGUCUCAUAAAGGUCAAGAGGGGACAGUUACGGAGAUUAUCUCCCUUGAGUGGUCACUAUCGGCCCCCCGCUAUCAACUUUCGAACGUUUGUGCAUAGCUUGCGUGACACGGGAGUUGACAUGUCCCAUGUCUCUAUUUCAAGAAGUUACGCCAUCUUAGUCGGACUGGAAACAUAUACGAAAACCCGGAAGAAAAUCAAAUCUGCAGAAAAGAAAGCAGUGCGCGAAAAAGACAAGCUCAUCAACCCGGAGAAAGUCAAGGCGGAAGAAGAGGCUCAGCAAGAUAAGUCCAAGAGUGCUGAAAAAGAGAGACUGCAUCUCGAACAGCAACGCAAGGCUGCAGAGGCCAAAGCAAACGAGCGAAAGGCUGAUCGAAGCAUCAGCGGAAGACUGUCGCGUGCAAUGACAAAGCUCAGAUCUAACAAGGAGAGCGAUGAGAAAAACCCGAGACGACUACCGGGAACAGGGCCUGAGGAUGGAAUCCCUGCCCCAGAAGGACGAAGGUGACGAGGGGAUGGUUUGGGUGAGAGGAGAUGAUGGCUCGAGCAAGAACAUCGCCAUAGAUCCCCGGAUGUUCAUCUUGCAACACCCAGCACCAGUGCAAGGACGGAUGCUUGUCUAGAGAGAUGGCUUCUAGCUAUCACGAGGCUUCGUGGCACUUGUGUCGUCGAGAUCCGGAAUCCCAUGUCACCUGUCCUGAGCAAUUUUCCUGUAAUAGAACAAAGUGUCAUCACUCCGAAAAGUCGUAUCGUACUUUGCAGACCCAUGUUAUCAUCGAGGCGAC